ACUACAGGAGUGCCGAUACAAAGGCUUGGCUUGGGGAGGAAUGCUGAGCCUUAUGUAAGAUGAAAAUCAAGAUCAAGACGAAGAGGGAGCGACAACCUGGCGGCUGCAGGGGGCGGUGACCUUUACUGGCUGGCCCGCAUCGUUUGGACUGAAAAUGGCUGUGGACGACGAUUUUGACAUUCCAGAUACAGGUGCUGUGUUCACAUUUGGGAAGAGCAGGUUUGCAGACAAUGCUCCUUCAAAAUUUUGGAUCAAGAAUGACAUAAUAGUGGAAAUAGCCUGUGGAGAUGAGCAUACAGCAGUGUUGACAGAAUCAGGCAGAGUUUUUACUAUUGGUAAUAAUAAUAUGGGACAGCUUGGCCUUGGAACCACAAAGCCUGUCCUGAAACCAUCCUGUGUAAAAUCCAUCAAACCUGAGAAAGUAGUGCACAUUGGCUGUGGGCGGUCACAUACAAUUGCAGCCUGCUUCAGUGGUGCUGUGUAUGCAUGGGGCCAUAAUGGCGAUGGUCAGCUGGGUACUGGGGACCAUGUAGACCAUCUGUCACCAGUACAAAUACUGAAGCUGGAGGCACCAGCCGCAGGUGUGGCAGCAGGCAGUUCUCACUCCAUUGUGCUCACUGAGGAUGGUGAGUUGUAUGUCUGGGGCAACAACAACGAGGGCCAGCUGGGUCUGGACGUUGGAGAGCAAUUAAUACCUGCAUUGGUCACACUGCCAGAGCCAGUGGUGAAUGUGGCAUGUGGAUACUACCAUAAUAUUGCCAUCUCAGCAGGUUCUGGACAGGCCUUCACUUGGGGGGAGAGUGAUCAUGGGAAGUUGGGCCUUACUGAUGGGCUACUGGCAUUUCAUCGCCACCCACAAGAAGUAAUUUUGCCAGAGAAAGUGGUGCAGGUAGCUGCAGGAAGUGCCCACACACUUUUCCUGACUGAGAAUGGUGUCAUAUACUCAUGUGGAUUGGGAAGCAGUGGAGAACUUGGGCAGAAUGGAGGGGAGCUGGAGUGCUGGUUGCCAAAACCUCUUAUGGAGACUGAUGGGAAACUAGUGGUGGCAAUAGCAGCUGGAGCCAACCACUCUUCAGCAAUCACAGCUGAUGGUUUCCUGCUGACUUGGGGAUGUGGCCGUCAUGGCAAGCUGUGUCAAGGUGAAGAAAACUUUACCUCACAAUUCACACCUGGUCUAGUACGACGGCUGCGUCAUAUCAGAGUAGUCCUGGUGGACUGUGGAGGCUGUCACACAAUGGUGCUUGGGUGUCGGCGUCAUGAAGCACAAGGUACUGAGGAAGAUUCAGAGGAAAACAACCAGGAUGUCAAGUUAUCCAGCACUGCCCGAAGCAGGAGACGACUCCUAGAUAAUGGCCUUCCACCUUUAAAGUCUGUAGGAUUGCCUCCUCUCAAGCACACUGUCCUGCCUACAGUCCCUGAUGCUGAGGAUGUGGCACAACCUAUAAUAGAGACUGACUUGCCAGACACAACUGAUGUUACUGAUAAUGAGACUACUUUGGAAGUGGAAUGCAAUGGGGAAAAAUCUACUGUAAGGUUCCUAUCAGAGAGUGAAAGUGAAGAAGAGCCAGUCAUACAAGAACAACAGAAAACCAUGGAGAAAUUACCAUCACCUGAAAAAAAGCCUGGUCGUCUGGCUCGCUUCUUUAGCAGUUUACGGAGAAAGAAAUCUUCACCAGCACCCCGAGAGGAAAUUGUGAAUGGAUGUGAAAAACAAGUUGCGGACUGUACUAAAUCAGCUGUUGGUUCUCUACGAGAGAGGCCAGCAAAGGAAGCCUUUGUUUCCAGUGGGGAUGCUCGUGCUCUCCCAAAGUCACAAGUGUCCACAAAUCAGAAACAGUCAAAAGCUUGUGUCAUCUUGUAGCUGAUUUCAAGUUGGAAGCAUUUCAUCACAGUGGGACCUGUUCAAUGUACAAGCUUCUUCAUUCUACCUGACUUUUCUGAAGUAAUAUUUUAGGUAGCUGUUUCACUGUAAUAAUGUUUUGUCAUUAUAUACUUUUGUAAAUGUUAAUCACUGUGAAUGUUGAAUAAUCUGAUGAUGUGUUCUCCAUAGCUGAUUAGUUAUGUGGCUAGUGAUGAAUGAAAUGUUAAAAAAUGUGUAGAUAGUUGUUAGUCACAUCUUAGCCACUGAGGUGAUACUUUUCUUGGGUCUGUGGGAUGGGUCUGUGAGUUUAUCGUCUUCCUUAUACAUACCAAAUGUCUGUGAAUAAGGUUUUAUUUUUGACAUGAAAAAACACAUAUCUUUGCAGGUAUAAACAAACAUUAUUACAGUUUAUUUUGUGUUUUUACCUAAAAGGUUGUUUGUAUGUCUGCCACAUUAUUCAUAGUGCAUAUUAUCAAUGUUUCAAUAUUUUUGAUGCUCUGCUGUUCAGGAACUUGUUAAAGAAACUGGUAACUGUGAUGGAAAUUUUCAUAGAUGUCCUUGAAAACAUUCAGUUUAUACAUCCCUCAGUCCUGUCAUUCCUCUUUGGCUUUCCUUCAUUUAUCCCCCACUUGAUAGACUCACUCAACAUUAUUUUCUUAUUUAUCUAAAUACCAGGUUGGCAUCCCUCUUAAAUCUUAGUUGUAAUAGUUUAUAGGUGAUAAUACAUAGAUGAUUGUUGGUUGUGGUAGCACCCUACAUGUAUCUAACCUAUAUCUAGUAAACAGUAGGGAAAUCUGAAUGUCUCUGGUUAUGCAUGUGUUUUUAUUGAUAAAUUAUCAUUAAAUUAUGUUCAUACCUGCUGAUAUAAAAAACUUUUCAGAGCAGAACAGUGACACCAAACCUGAAUGUGUGACAUGAACAAUGCAUAUGAAUUACACAAAUAAAGUGUUAAAGUUUCA